GUAGCUCUGUUUUGCAUUUACACUUUAACCUUAUUAUUCUAAUUUUUGGAAUUCAUUAUCAUUUAUAAUACAAUUUAUUUUAAAUCCUUUAAUCUUUGAGGAAAAUUAAAAUUAAACAUUACCUUUGUGGUGUAACAAGUCUAUAUAUAUAUAUAUAUAUAUAUUGCGGUGAUAAUUGUUGCAGUCAUUAUCAAUGUUAUCAUUUUAAUUUAAUGUUUUAAUAAAAGAAAGCAUGGUAAACACGUUUCCAUUCGUUUUAAUGUGACCUUCCUAUAACAUUUUAUUUUUUUCCCCCAUGAAAGUGCUAAAAGUUGAAGAAAACCCCAAAUAUAAUGUCCAUACAAUACGGAGCACGGAGUAUUCACAUUCAUCUAUGCAGGUCUACAAAAAAAAGUUGUUUGUAGAGGGGUCAAGGGGUGUGGUCAAGUGUUUGUGUGGAGAGACCAACAUCUAUAAACUUGCUCAUUGCUUCACACUAGGCACUAGUCUGACAGUUGUGGAUCAUCAUGGCUAAACGUGUUGCUGUGAUUGGAGGAGGAGCCUCUGGGCUGACCUGCAUCAAAUGCUGCCUGGAUGAAGGCCUGGAGCCAGUGUGUUUUGAGACCAGUGAUGACAUUGGAGGUCUUUGGAGGUUUAAGGAAAAUCCAGAUCCUGAUCGUGCUAGCAUUUACCACUCUUUGAUUAUCAACACUUCAAAGGAGAUGAUGUGCUACAGUGAUUUCCCCAUCCCUGCCCACUUCCCAAACUACAUGCACAACUCCCUCAUCAUGGACUACUUCCAAAUGUAUGCUGAGCACUUCCAGCUCAAACGGCACAUCCGUUUCCAGACAAAAGUCCUUCAUGUUACACCAAGGCCCGACUUCCCUCACUCUGGACAGUGGGAUGUAGAGAUAGAGUCCAAGGAUGGUCAGAGAGAGAAGCAGGUGUUUGAUGCUGUGAUGGUCUGCACCGGUCACCACUGUCACCCUCACCUCCCUCUAAAGGACUUUCCAGGAAUAGACACAUUUAAGGGAAAAUACUUCCACAGCCGUGACUACAAAAUCCCUGAAGAAUGGCGAGGGAAGAGGGUAGUUGUGAUUGGCAUUGGGAACUCUGGAGGAGAUAUUGCUGUAGAGCUGAGCAGAAUGGCCAAACAGGUUUAUCUGAGCACCCGAAAGGGAUCUUGGAUACAAAAUCGUGUAGGAGACAAUGGUGUUCCAUCAGAUAUGUUUAAAAACAGAAUGCGUGGUUGGAUUUUUCAAAUGUUGCCUGUUGGAUUUAUCAACAAUAUGAGAGAGAAAAAACUUAAUAAACGGUUCGACCACAAGCUCUAUGGGCUGCAGCCUGCACACAGAGUUUUCAGCCAACAUCCCAUGGAGAAUGAUGAUUUACCAAACCGGAUCCUCUCUGGUACUGUCUCGGUCAAGCCGAAUGUACAAGAGUUUCGUGGAUCAAGUGUGGUUUUUGAGGAUGGCACAGUUGAGGAUGACAUUGAUCUGGUGGUGUUUGCCACAGGCUACACUUUCUCAUUCCCCUUCCUGUCUUCACAUGUAAUUCCUGUCUCAAAGAACAAGGUAUCCCUGUACAAAUACAUGUAUCCACCAGCACUAGAGCGCCCAACUUUAGCUGUGAUUGGUCUGGUCCAGCCUCUGGGAGCCAUUAUGCCAAUCUCUGAGAUGCAAGCGCGCUGGGCCACACGUGUUUUUAAAGGACUGUGCAAACUGCCUCCAAUGAGUGCAAUGAUGAAGGACAUUAAAGCAAAAGAGGAAGCAAUGGCUCAAAGGUAUGUGGCCACCCAGAGACACACCAUCCAGGUGGAGUACAUCCCCUACAUGGAUGAGUUGGCUAAACAAGUGGGUGUCCGUCCCUCUAUCCUGAAGCUGCUCCUGACAGACCCUAGACUGGCUCUGAACAUCAUCUUUGGGCCCUGCACCCCAUACCAGUUCCGCGUUCACGGACCGGGCCAAUGGGAAGGUGCGCGUCAGGCCAUCCUGACUCAGUGGGAUCGAGUCACCGAGCCUCUGAAAACACGCUGUGCACCGGAGCCGCAGUCACAGCGCUCCUCUCAUUCACUCUUAUUCUCAGUGUCUGUUGCAGCGCUGCUGUCUGCUCUGUAUUACAGCAGGGCCGGUCUGCACACGCUCAUAGCAGACCCUUCAUCACUCCUGGACAAGAUCAGGACUCUUGUCCCAUUGCCAGUGACCACACAGUGAUCAUGAAUAUGUAUCAGAAACUUAACAUAGUUUAUAUGAGAUCUAAUAUCGUAAGUGUGCUUCAAUUAGGGUAAAUUGUAGUCAACAUCAUGAAAAUGUUAUAAUUGACACAUUACUUAUAUAAAAUACUUGAUACUGAAUCACAAAGUGCCUUAACAUUUGAAACACAGUUUGUGUAUAAUGAACAUUUAAUUUCACUGUAAAAUAAUUGAUUUUAUGUGCAGUUUUGUAUGUAAUUAUGUUGCACUAUCAAACUCUUUUGUUGUGUUAAAAUUCCAAGUAUUAAUGGUGCAUCACUCUCAACUGCUGCAGUUGUUAGCAUGUCUGUUUAGCAUGUUAAUUUACUCAAAUUUGUUGAUAUUGAGAAUAGUAAUGUCCGAUUAAAUUGUGUUGCUAAACAAAUCUUAAAAAUCUAUUUUUAAAACAAUGUAAUUAUAAUAUAAUAUUAAUGAUAUAAAUGAUUCGUUCCCCUGAGAAAUUUACAUUCAUUCUCAAAACUUUUUGCAGCUUUGAGAAAUUUAUAUUCAUUCACAAAACUUUUGCACCCAACAGAGAAAACCCUCAAAACGUUUGUGUUCCCUGAGAAAUUUAGAUUCGUUCUUAACUUUUACAAUCCCCUGAGAAAUUUACAUUCAUUCACAAAACUUUAGUUUUUUAUUCACUUCCUGAGAAUCAAAUCUGUUUCUUGUAUCUCACAGACAUCCCAGAUUAAAUUUUUGAGUAGCUCUGUUUUGCAUUUGCACUUUAACCUAAUUCUUGGUAUUCAUUAUCAUUUAUAAUACAAUUUAGUUUAAAACCUUUAAUCUUUGAAGGAAAUUAAAAUUAAACAUUACCUUUGUGGUCUAACAAGUCUAUUAGCCAUAAGUGCUCUGCCAAAUUCCCAGACAAAAUAAUCAUCUUUUUUGUUGUUGUUUUGUAAACAGGGAAUAGUGUCCUUAUCUUUUGACAAUCAUCACAUAAAGUAGCAGCAUUUAUUAGACUUUUAUUAUAUGCUUUUAAAUCAUUGUUGACGCCUGAGUCUGGCAGGACUAGUAUCAUUUUGUGAUGAUGAACAGCUCAAAAAGAUGAAGGCUCUUAUAGUUGCAGUAGUAGUUGUUGCAGUCAUUAUCAAUGUUUACUCAUCAUUUUAAUUUAAUAUUUUAAUAAAAGAAAGCAUGGUAAACAUGU